GACGGAAAGGGAGAAGAAGGAUGAUAAUCCCUCAGGUAAACGGCUAAUCGAGCAACUUUGCCGAUUUGUGAUUGUGGGACGCUGAUGAACAUGAAGAAGGGUGAUAAUCCCUCAGGAAAAGUUGCUAAUACUCUGGUGGAGUUUUUGGAGGUAGCCAUCACAAUGGUUGUUUUCCUCAAAGGCUUUUACCCAUCUGCGGCGUUUGAGAGGAUGAGAUAUAUGAAUGUGGUGGUGCAAAGGGCAAGGCAUCCUGAGCUACGAGACUAUAUUCACUUUUCUGCUUCUGGUUUGCUUCCUUUUAUUGAAAAGGGUCUUGUUGAAAGAGUAGCAGUCAUCUUUUUCAGUAAUGAUAAUGUUCCUGUGGAGAGGUUCAUCUUCAAGCUCACCAUUAACCCCUCUUCUGCUGCUUCUGUAGAAGAGAGUCAACUGGAAUUUAGGCUUAGGUCCUUCUUAGUCAAGCUUUCCGCCUCAAAAUCCCUUGUCAAGCCUCUUCCUCCCAAUUGUAGAUGGGAGGUAACGGCUUAUCUAAGGUCACUUCCUGAAGUGGGUUCAAGCAAGGAAGGUGAGCUAUGGAUUCCAACAGAUACUAAGCAGUGGAUGAAGCCGCCAGUUAUUACGCCUGUCAAAUCCCUGAACAGCGAGCCACUCUGCUUGCAACUUUACUUGGAACACCCAUGUCUGUCUGAAACACAACCUUGUCAAGAAGCCCAAUGAUUUCUCAAUUUACAAUUAUCAUUUGUAUAAACGCACGAGCUUGUGCCUAAGUCGACCCGCUUUCUGACUCCUGAUGCAUAAUUGUUUUUUGUACCGUCUCAGCAGAACGUGAACGAGAAGCAUAUCGUUAUAUAUGCCAAGCCAUACCUCUUUACAUCGC